GUGCCGCCUGGAGUGCCCAGACAUGGACUGCUGCCCGCCCGCGGGAAGCUCACAGAAGGCCUGGCGCCCCCCGAGUGUCUCUUGCUGUGACGGCCAGUGAGGAACAGCCGGACAAUGUCCACGGCCACCACAGCUGCCCCCGCGGGCCUGCCGGCAGCCCCGGGGCCCGCCAACCCGCCGCCGCCUGAGGUGUGCAGCGCUGGGAAGCCGGGCCGCAAGACCAACCAGCUGCAGUACAUGCAGAACGUGGUGGUGAAGACGCUGUGGAAGCACCAGUUCGCCUGGCCGUUCUACCAGCCCGUGGACGCCAUCAAGCUCAACCUGCCGGAUUAUCACAAGAUAAUCAAGAACCCCAUGGACAUGGGGACAAUCAAGAAGCGGCUGGAGAACAGCUACUACUGGAGUGCCAGCGAGUGCAUGCAGGACUUCAACACCAUGUUCACCAACUGCUACAUCUACAACAAGCCCGCAGAUGACAUUGUGCUGAUGGCCCAGGCCCUGGAGAAGAUCUUCCUGCAGAAAGUGGCCCAGAUGCCCCAGGAGGAAGUGGAGUUGCUGCCCCCAGCUCCAAAGGGCAAAGGCCGGAAGCCGGCUGCGGCCGUCCAGAGCACAGGCACGCAGCAAGUGGCAGCUGUGUCCUCCGCCUCCCCAGCGACCCCCUUUCAGAACGCGCCCCCCACGGUCUCCCAGACGCCCGUCCUCGCUGCCACGCCCGUGCCAACCAUCACCGCAAAUGUCACGUCAGUUCCCGCGCCCCCUGCUGCCGCCCCGCCGCCCCCCGCGACGCCCGUCAUCCCCGUGGUCCCUCCCACACCGCCCGUGGUCAAGAAGAAGGGCGUGAAGCGGAAAGCAGACACCACCACGCCCACCACGUCGGCCAUCACCGCCAGCCGUGGCGAGUCGCCCCCGCCGCUGCCAGACCCCAAGCACGCCAAAGUGGUGGCCCGGCGGGAGAGCGGCGGCCGCCCCAUCAAGCCGCCCCGCAAGGACCUGGAGGACGGCGAGGUGCCGCAGCACGCGGGCAAGAAGGGGAAGCUGCCCGAGCAGCUGCGCCACUGCGACCACAUUCUCCGUGAGCUGCUGUCCAAGAAGCAUGCGGCCUACGCCUGGCCCUUCUACAAGCCUGUGGACGCCGCAGCGCUCGAGCUGCACGACUACCACGACAUCAUCAAGCACCCCAUGGACCUCAGCACCGUCAAGAAGAAGAUGGACAGCCGCGAGUAUCCCGAUGCCCAGGGCUUCGCAGCUGACAUCCGGUUGAUGUUUUCCAAUUGCUACAAGUAUAACCCACCUGACCACGAGGUGGUGGCCAUGGCCAGGAAGCUGCAGGAUGUGUUUGAGAUGCGCUUUGCUAAGAUGCCGGACGAGCCCGCGGAGGUGCCCGCCGUGCCCGCACCCACAGCCCCGGCCACCAGCAAGGGCGGGGACAGCAGCCACAGCAGCGCAGAGAGCUCGUCGGACUCGGGCAGCUCUGACUCAGAGGAGGAACGUGCUACGCGGCUGGCGGAGCUGCAGGAGCAGCUGAAGGCCGUGCACGAGCAGCUGGCCGCGCUGUCCCAGGCCCCCGUGAACAAGCCAAAGAGGAAGAAGGAGAAGAAGGAGAAGGAGAAGAAGCGCAAGGACAAGGACAAGGACAAGGAGCGGCACAAGACCAAGGGCGAGGAUGACAGGAAAGCCCGGCCGGCGCCACCCGCCCGCCAGGGCCCCCCGAAGAAGGCCCCCGCCAAGAAGGCCAGCAGCACCACCCCGGCCGGCAGGCAGCCCAAGAAGGGCGGCAAGCAGGCGUCGGGCUCCUACGACUCGGAGGAGGAGGAGGAGGGGCUGCCCAUGAGCUACGACGAGAAGCGGCAGCUCAGCCUGGACAUCAACCGGCUGCCCGGGGAGAAGCUGGGCCGCGUGGUGCACAUCAUCCAGUCCCGCGAGCCCUCGCUGCGCGACUCCAACCCCGACGAGAUCGAGAUCGACUUCGAGACACUCAAGCCCACGACACUGCGUGAGCUCGAGCGCUACGUCAAGUCCUGCCUGCAGCGGAAGCAGCGGAAGCCGCCGGCCGCGAGCGGGAAGAAGCCGGUGGCCAGAUCCAAGGAGGAGCUGGCGCAGGAGAAGAAGAAGGAGCUGGAACAGCGGCUGCAGGACGUCAGCGGGCAGCUCAGUAAGAAGACCCCCCGGAAAGACAAGCCAGGCUCAGCGCCAGCGGGAGGCCCCUCCCGCCUCAGCAGCAGCAGCUCAUCCGAGUCCGGCAGCAGCAGCUCCAGUGGCUCCAGCUCGGACAGCAGCGACUCGGAGUGAGGCCUGAUCCCCCCUCAACUGGGGUCCCGCCGGA